GGAGCGGAGGGAGCCGCGCGGCCCCGCAUGUUAAUGAGGCGGCAGCACGGGCAGAGGGAACGCAUUUAAAAGGGGACGAGCGGGGGGGAAAGCGGCAGAGCUCGGGCAGCAGCACCGCCCGCAGCCGCUCCUUCCCACCUCGAGGACGGGGACCUGGAGACACAGGACCGAACCCCGCUGCGUGCGCUCGGGUACCUGCCGGCUCACCAUGAAGCUCCUGACAGCAGCCUUGCUUCUGCUGUUCAUCGCGAUGUGCCUAGCCAGCGCGGAAGGCGUGAAGUGCAAGUGCUCGAGGAAAGGUCCAAAAAUAAGAUUCUCUAACGUGCGGAAGCUGGAAAUAAAACCGAGGUACCCGUUUUGUGUGGAGGAGAUGAUUAUCGUGACCCUGUGGACGAAGGUGAGAGGUGAGCAGCAGCACUGCCUGAACCCCAAACGCCAGAACACGGUGCGGCUGCUGAAGUGGUACCGAGUAUGGAAAGAGAAGGGCAGGGUUUACGAAGAAUAGGAGGAGGCGGCACGAGGAAUGGAGAGGACUCCCUUGGCUGGCAUAGGACUGGGCUCUGCAGAAGGUUAUUUCUCUCUCACAGACACAAGACACAAACUCUAUAUUAUUAUAAAGCACUUUUUACCAAGGGUCAGUUUUUACAUUUUAUAGCCGCGUGCAAAAGGCUUCCAGAUUUCACGAGCAUCUGUUGCACUUCAGAUUUCACACCCGCCUGCUUUGUACAGAGGUUGGGGGAAAAAAAAAAAAAA